AUGUGCCCCUUCGUUCCUUUAUCCCUUCAGCUCCACACUGACCUGAACUCCGUCGGACUCGCUGUCAAUGGGCCGCUCGUUGGAGUAGUGGAACUCCAUACCAAGAAAGGAGAGGCGGAGACAGAGAACAGGAAAGGAAGACGAAGAGCAAAGACGGGGGGACGGAGACGGAUGGCAGAGACGGAGACGAAGGGCAGAGACGGAGGGCAGAGACCGCACGCCACACAACAACGCCCACAGUAUCACUGUAUCAGAGCGCGUUGGGGGGGCCGCAUCUACCCAUUGCUAAACAAAGACCUCACGUGCUGCGUCCAAACCGAUGUCCCUGUCGAGGACUUUGUGCGCAACGUCUGGCAACUCAAGGCCGAUCGCCUCGAGCGGGACGAGCGCGAACGAGAUCUACAGUCGGACCGAGCACUCGUUGCCGAAUACGUAUCCUCCAUCGAGAACCCCAAGCGGGAGCGGGAGCGGGCACCUCCCUUUGUCAGGCUGCUCGACGACGCGGCGAACAAGCUCGCGGUGGCACUGGACCUCGAGUCGUCUUGUCCUGUGGUGUUCGAGCCGCUAGGGUCGAAGGAAAAUGACCGCGCGCCGGACGUGAUCGCUGUGCCUGCCCCGAUUGCGAACGCCUGGCGCGAGUCGCAGGACGACGAUCCGGACCCGAUUCAGACGGGCUUGGAAUUCCGGAUGGUGGCCACGUUCGUCGUGUUCGAGAAGACCAAAAACAAACACUUCAUGCCCGUCAAACCUCCACCGGAGAUGGUCUCCAAGCGGCAGAAGAUGAUGACGGGAACGCAGGCGGGUCUGAAGCGGAAGGCCCGUUCGCAUGAGGCUCCGCCGAGGAAGAGGAGGGCGUUGGACGCAACGGACAGAAGAAGCACCGGGACAAGCUCGUCCAGCCCCAAGUAUCGAUGGGGGUCUCCAAGUACCGAACACACAACGUCGACAUCGACUUCUCUUGCCGCAUAUCGUAGGCACAGCAGGGCCGCUGCUGCAGCCGUGAAAGCCGGUAUAGAAGCAGAGGUCAAGGAGGAAGGAGAGAUGGUCAUUGAGGCAGCUGCUUCACCAACAGCAGGCACCUUCGUCGAUGAGACACCGACCCCCCGAGCGGUCGAGACGGCGGAGGUGAGCCCUUUUCGUGUCGUUGCCAGCAGGGCGUUACGUGAAGACGUGUGGGACGCACCUGGUAACCUGACGAAGGUUCAGAAGCGCAAACCACCGGUGCUGACCUCAGACGAGCUGCAGGCUGCAAGCUAUGCGUCGGAAUGUCUGGCGGAUGGCCGUAGACGGUACGUUACCGGGUUCCUCGUCCGGGGUCUGAUCGUGUCGCUCUGGUACCACGACCGGAUGGGCGUGGUCGAGUCGCAAGAGUUUGACAUCGUUGAAAAACCAAGGCUGUCCUUCCUUGCUCUGGCAGUGAUCACGGAGUGCAACAUGGAGCGGUUCGGGUACGAGCCGAUGCUACGCCUACCGCUGACGUUGGUGUCUCCUACCAUCGGACUGCCGAUGCAUCUGGACGGAUGGGAGAUCCACACUGGCCACGGCAUCGACGCAGACGAUAUUAUGGUUCCCGGUGUCGUGAAGGUGAAGAUCGCGGGGGAUCCACUCUACGUGCAGCCUGGGAUUGUGGGCCGCGGGACUUCCGUCAUGCCUGUAUCUGUCAUUCCUGGUCUUGAAUUUGCAGGGCUGGAAGCGGGGACGAAAUUGGUGGUGGAGUUUAGCUGGCCGGCGGCGUCGCGUGUGGAUCCCGAGGACGGUCUUGUACGGCGGAUCUGCAAGCGCAUUGGAGCGAAGGAAGCGCGGCACAUCGCGCCGAUGCGUCUGUCGACGACGUUGGAGGGCGCGCGGCUGGGCCUCCCGUGGAUGGCGGAUUCGCUGCGGAAACUGUCAGGAAGUGUCGAAGAGCGGGUGCUCCGCGUGAUCGUAUGCGACCGUCUCAGACCUCUGAAGGAUCUGGAGACUCUCCCAGAUUUCCAAUCUGUUUUCCUUGAUCUCGUCCGAGCUACAUUGCUCUCGCUUAUACCAACGGCGCAUCGCGUCGUCUUCAAACGGGCCUGCGUCAUCCAUCGAGACCUCAGCAUCGACGACGUCAUGUUCGGCGUGACGCCAGAGGGCAAGCCGUACGGCGUGCUUAUCGACUCGGACCUCGCGAUCGACGUCAACUCAAAUGCCGGCGUUGCGCAUGCUGCCUCUGCAUUGCAUCGCACCGGGACAGCCCAUCGCCCGUCGUUGGCUCGGACUGCACGGAAAAGAAUCGACCAAGUGUGUGUCCACAUCGGAACAUGGCUUCGACCCAGCUCAGGGUCCACUCUCACAGGCGCGUGGAUCGUUCGCACUGAAGGCGAAGACGCGCCGAUCGCAUGUGUCGUCCAAGCGUCCAAACGCGUCCGCUGCCCCGCCCAAUGA